CUUGAGUAAAGUGUAAAACUAAAACCCCCUUGGUUCUAAAGUCUAAAACCCCAAACAACCUAACCAGAGAAAGCUCAACUGAAGAUGGCUUUCUAUCGUCAUCUUGUCUCUUCCAAAACUCUCUCUAAAGUGUUUUGUUGCGGUCCCUUUACUCAAUUAGCUCCUGCAUUCUACUCAUCCCACCUUGUUGGAGACUCUCCCAUUCUUGUUAGGGAUUUUAUUCACUCGGCUUUGUAUAAUCCGGAUCAUGGUUACUUUUCUAAGCAAUCAAGCUCUGUUGGAGUGCUGGAUCAAGCCAUUAAAUUUCAUAAUCUCCAAGGCAGAAAAGCUUAUAUGAAGCACUUGGAUAAUAUCUACAAGCAGCAUGACGUGUCAUGGUUUACUCCAGUUGAACUAUUUAAGCCCUGGUAUGCUCAUGGGAUUGCUGAGGCUAUAUUACGUACUGCUAACCUCUCAGUUCCACUGAAAAUAUAUGAAAUCGGGGGUGGAUCAGGAACUUGUGCAAAGGGCAUAAUGGAUUACAUGAUGUUGAAUGCACCUACAAGAGUUUACAAUAAUAUGACUUACACUUCAGUGGAAAUUAGUCACGCGUUGGCCAAGAAACAACUGGAAACUGUUGCAGAAGUUGGCAGUCACUUGGCAAAGUUUAAUGUGGAGUGUCGUGAUGCUACUGAUCGUAGUGGAUGGGGUACUGAAGAACUACCUUGCUGGGUCAUAAUGCUUGAGGUACUUGAUAAUCUUCCACAUGAUCUCAUCUAUACGGAAAAUCAAGUUUCGCCUUGGAUGGAAGUUUGGGUUCAGAAGCAACAUGAUAGCAGGUCUGAGCUUUCUGAGUUGUUUAAGCCAAUACAAGAUCCAUUAAUUACGAAGUGCAUGGAGAUAUUGGAUGUAGACAAGGAUCAGAAAACACAAGGUAGCAAUGCGAUUUUGGCUGCAAAAAAUUUAUGGGCUAAGCUAUUUCCUAAGCCCAAAAGAUGUUGGCUACCAACUGGUUGCUUGGAGCUUCUUGAAGUUCUGCAUGGUGCACUGCCAAAGAUGUCUCUGAUUGCUUCUGAUUUUACUUAUCUUCCUGAUGUGAGAAUACUUGGUGACAGAGCUCCAUUGGUUUCAACCAAGAAAGAUGGCAGUAGCAAAGACCACAAUAGUUAUCUAGAUGCAAAGGGAGAUGCUGAUAUAUUUUUCCCAACGGACUUUGUACUUCUGGAACGCAUGGACCACUAUUGCUCAGGAUGGUUGAAGCCGGACUUGGACAAGUCAACCAAGCAAGGGAAGAAAAGGCGAACGAUCAUGCUUGAUACAUCUUUAUUCAUGGAAGAAUUUGGUAUGCCCACAAAGACAAGGACCAAAGAUGGUUACAACCCGCUUCUGGACGAUUUCAAGAAUACGAAAUUUUAUCUGAGUGUGCCUACCCAUAACACCAAAUAGCUAGGAUGAAUUGCCCUAUACUAUGAGGAUGUGCCGCCUUAUGAUGGAUGCUGAAGAGCAGUCUGGCAAGAGGAAGGUGAUAGGUUCAUAAAUAUAAACUGAUAUCAAUAUUCUACAACAUUUUUGAAUGCACAUGAACCAUAGCAGCUUGAUAAGAAAGUCUCUUGCUUGUACUGCAGCUACAUUCUGAAGUAUAUUUUAUUCAUCUCUGUAGGAUGUUACCGACCUCUAAUAAUGUAUGUUAGGGGAUAUUUGAUGUUGACGACGCUUAAUACUCAGACACCUGUAAGAUGAAUCUCGUUUAUGUUGACCUGUAAACAGAAGCACAAUGUAUUCGAAUCAUUAAUUUCGAUA